AUGGCUAGAACCAACUCAAACGAAUCCAUAAAAGAGGAUCUUGCUGAGAUGAAGUCAUCUUUGAGACAAAAACGUCUCCAAGAUGUACUAGCCAAUGCUGAUAAAGAGUUGAAAUUGUUAAAGAACACGACACUCGAUAUUGCUUUCACAGGAGUUUCAGGAGCUGGAAAAUCAUCCCUCGUGAAUGCCUUUCGGAAUAUCACAGAUUAUGAAGAAGGUGCAGCUGAAACUGGGGUGAAAGAAACAACUAAGAAUCCAGAAAGAUACCCACAUCCUAAAUUCCCAGAACUAACAUUAUGGGAUCUACCAGGAAUCGGGACACGUGCAUUUAAACCAAAAGAAUACCUAGAGAAGGUAAAUUUUAGCAGAUAUGACUUCUUUAUCAUCGUCGCCUCAGAACGCUUCACUGAGAAUGACACCAUGCUGGCCUCAGAAAUUCGAAAGAUGAAUAAGAGGUUUUAUUUUGUUCGCACCAAAGUGGAUCAGGCUAUAGAUGCUGAGAGAAGGAAGCCAAACUUUAGUGAGGCACAGACCCUGGAAGAGAUUCGUAAAUACUGCCUUUGCAAUUUGAGAGAAGAAGGAGCGGUCGAUCCAAGGGUUUUUCUCAUAUCCAGCUGGCAUUUGAAUAUGUUUGACUUCCCUCUCCUGCAGAAGACCCUAGCAGGUGACCUGAAUGAUCUCAAGAGGCCUCUUCUAAUCAUGGCGAUGCCGGCUUUCUCAAGAGAAAACUUGCAAGAGAAAAGGGCUGCUAUGGAGGCCCUCAUCUGGAAAAAAGCCCUUGUGUCUUGUGGCGUUGGGGUGAUUCCUAUCCCAGGUCUCUCUCUUAUUUUUGAUAUUGCCCUCUUGGUGGACACAAUGAAAGAUUUCUGCAAGGCCUUUGGCUUGGAUGAAGACUCCCUCCGUAACCUCGCAGAACGGGUUGGCAAACCUAUUCAUGUUCUGAAAUCUGCUAUCAAAAAGACUCCGAUGGCCAACCAGAUCAACCCGGAAUUUGUGCGGUCUCUGAUGACCACAUCAGUGGUGGUCGGCUCUGCAAUGGUGCUGGAAGAGCUUUCCGAUUUCAUACCUGUCUUCGGCUCUGUAUUUGGUGGAGUUAAUUCUUUUGCCACCACAUUUUACAUGCUGAGGGGCUUCCUACAAGAUGCAGUGGAAGAUGCCGAGAGCGUUCUGGCAAAAGUUGCUGAGUAAAGUCCCUUCUGGUGAUUCUGCAAUUAACCUUCAUUCCCCUG